UGAAAAGCUUAUGAAGCGUAAUCGCAAGUCUGUGAAGUGUUCAAUGAAAGGACUCCAGUGCGUGAAAAAUCUACUUGUGUCCCCAGGAAUGCUCAUAGUGGAGAAGACGGCUGAGCACCCGACGGCGGAGUUCUCCCUCCUGGAGGACGCGGCGCACCACUUCGCCUUCCUCAUGGAGCGGCUGAACGACCAGCGCCUCUUCCAGCCGGACCUGUGCGACGUGGACAUCGUGCUGCCCCGCCACCAGGCCACCUUCCAGGCGCACAAGGGCGUGCUGGCGGCCUACAGCCCCUUCUUCCACUCGCUGUUCGGCCACAGCAAGGAGCUGCAGCGCGUGGAGCUGGCCCUGGAGGCGCUGCGGCCGCAGGGGCUGCGCCAGAUCCUGGACUUCAUCUACACCUCGCGCCUGCUGCUCACCAGCGCCAACCUGCAGGACGUGCUGCGCGCCGCCACCGUGCUGCAGAUGGCCGACAUCGCCGCCUCGUGCCGGGAGCUGCUCGUCCGGGGGUCGCUGGUGCCCGCAGGAGGUGCCGGAGGAGGAGAAGGAGGUGGUGGUGAUGGAUACGGGCAGGAGGCAGAGGAGGCGAAGGAGAAGGUGCAGAAGUGGACAACCAACGGCAGUGUCGGUAGCGGGAAAGCCAAUGCUGGGGGGAAUGGCACCCCUAGUGGUCGGGGCGGAACUGUGGCGGCCAUGUCCCCCUUCCGCGCCGCCGCAGACGUCAAGCAGGAAGCCGAACCGGCCAGCGCCAAGAUCUACGGACGAGAGAGCACGGGGCCCCAGUACAGCCUGCACGUGGAGGACGCCCCCGUGAAAAGCGAGCACUCCACCUCCAACAUCAGCGUCAGGACCGUGCCGUACAUUAAGAAGGAAGGGGAGGAGACGGCUCUGCAGGGUACCGUGAAAGUCCCCGCAGACUCCAAGCAGAUCAUCGUGGAGCUGAACCUGAACAAUCAGACCCUGAACGUGUCCAAGGGCCUUGAGGAAGACCCCUCGCCCGCGUCACUGUCCUCCAUGCACAGGCACCAGGGACAAGACCAGGGUGGGUGCGGCAACGAGGGAGACGAGAAAGAAGACGAAGAGGAGGAGGACGACGAGGACAUGAGCAUGAGGGAGGAAGAGGAGGAGGGGAAAGAGGAUCACACGGAGGACGACGAAGACGACCAUGGUGCGUCAAGCGAGGAAGAGGAAGGCCGCCACAACAGUAGCAGCAACCAAGCCAUAGCAGACUUCUUGCCGUGCAGAGCCCCGCGGCAAACCAUGUUUGUGGGAACGUCUCCGCUUCGGAGCCGCCUGGGGGGCCACCACCAGGGCAGACAGGGCAGCAGGGGAGGAGCAAGGCGGGCAGAGGCCCAGGACGGGCAGCAGCAGGGUCAGGUGAUGCGGCUGGAGGAGAGGCAGGCCUUCCCCUGUGGCAAGUGCCCGCGCAGCUUUAACAACCACUGGUACCUGGACAAGCACGUGAGCGCCGCCCACAGCUGCAUGCAGGCGUGUGAGGCCUGCGGCAAGCACUUCCUGCUGGAGAGCGAGCUGCAGCUCCAUCAGCAGACCAACUGUGAGAAGAGCAUACAGUGUGUUACUUGUGGGAAGGCCUUCAAGAAGCUCUGGUCCCUGCAGGAGCAUAACAAGGUGGUCCAUGGCUAUGCUGAGAAGAGGUUCUCCUGCGAGAUCUGCGAGAAGAAGUUCUACACCAUGGCCCAUGUCCGCAAGCACAUGGUUGCACACACAAAAGAUAUGCCCUUUACCUGUGAGACGUGUGGAAAGUCCUUCAAACGCAGCAUGUCUCUCAAAGUCCACUCCCUCCAGCACUCGGGCGAGAAGCCGUUCAAAUGUGAGAACUGUAGCGAGCGCUUCCAGUACAAGUACCAGCUGCGGUCCCACAUGAGCAUCCACCUGGGCCACAAGCAGUUCAUGUGCCAGUGGUGCGGCAAGGACUUCAACAUGAAGCAGUACUUUGAUGAACACAUGAAGACACACACAGGAGAGAAGCCAUAUAUCUGUGAGAUGUGUGGUAAGAGCUUCACCAGUCGGCCCAACAUGAAGCGCCACCGCCGCACCCACACGGGCGAGAAGCCCUACCCCUGUGACGUGUGCGGCCAGCGCUUCCGCUUCUCCAACAUGCUCAAAGCCCACAAGGAGAAGUGCUUCCGGCUCAGCAACCCCGCCUCCUCCUCCUCCUCUGCGGAGGCCGAGUGUGCCCCGCCACCGUCCUCCUGUGCCAUGGCCACAGAAAUGACUUCCUUGACUGACGAUGGCUUUGGGUCCUCCAAUCACGGCACGGCGGUGUUUCCGCAUCCAAUGCUGCCGGCUGACGGAGGGUUCCCCCUGAUGGAGGGCACCCCAGCGCUGCCCGCCCUCUCCCCCAUGUUCUCUUCCUCCUCCUCCUCCUCGGCCACCCCCGCUCGACACCAGGCUGGGAACCACUGAUCCUUCUCCUCAGUGUUUCACAGCGCGAAAAACUCUGCAAAGGUACGCUUAGUCGAACUCUGUAUCAGGAAGCAUAGCGUCUUAUAUUGAGAACAGUUGAAAGUGAUAACUCUAUAUUUUAUACCUUGAAACCCAAAUAUACUUUGUCAGUCUGCAGUAUCCACAAGCGAGUAUGCGAGUUAAUAUACCCUCUGUGUAUUGUAUUGGUGUUAUAGAAAUAUAUGUAGCGAACCCUAGAUUUUAAGCACUUUUUCAAUGUCAUGACACAUUUUAUGUUUUUUUAUAUCAGUUUCUGUCUGUCCUGUUCUUCUGAUUUCGAGUAACAUCAAGUGUUGUACUAGUGUUUUUCAUGUGAUUUACAUUUUCAUCAUUAUUCAAAAUGAGGCUUAAAGUUACUAAACUCCCCCUCCUUGUUCAAACAAUCAGUCAGGCUGCUUUGUCCUUAGGCAUCUCACGUUACUAUAGUGCCCAUAAGAAGCAAGUAGAAUAACCUGAAAAGGUUGAUUUUGUGUGACUGAUUGGGGAUUUUUCUGCUUACAUCCUUGUUACUGACAUCGUAAACCAAACAGAGGUACUUCAGUUGGCAGAUAGUAUAGAAGUAGUGUAGUAACUUUGAAGUACUUCAAUUGGUUGGUAUUUAUGGAUGUCUGGAUGGCACUUUAACCGAGAUUAAAAGAGGUUUUGCAUUCCACAUUCAAUCUUUGAUGUACACAGGUACACUGUGGGGCGCUAGCUCUGUUUUAAGGAGCUCUGGGCAGACAGUACAUAGAACAGAGAGUACAUCAUGAAUAUAUUUUGUGGUUAUUGUUUAAAGUCUUCAAGAAAUUGUAUGUCUUUGGUAAAAAGUUAAAUCUUUCAUAUGUGGUGACCAAUUUCAUGUGGAAAAGGUGGAAUCAUGUCUGAAAUCAGUACUCUGAAAAUGUCUUUGAGAUUAUUGUAGUUAAGAGUAGUCACUUGUGAUUGAAUGACAUGUAAGGCUGGCUGUCUAAAGAAAGCUAUACCAAACACAG